GCAAUGCCCAUACCUGUAAUCAAUCAAGCCCGUCUAUUCAACGAGACAAAGAUUGCUGAAGAGGAACUUCAUGCUCACAACAACAGCAUGAUGCGUACGGGACAGUCAGGUGAUGCGAAAGCAAAUGCCGUUAGUAGUAGGCCUCCAGGCUCCUUGUCCCAAGCAGAACUUUGUGGCGAAGAACAUCCAUCACCUAGGCUGCCGAAGACCGUUGUUCGUAAAAAGGACGACAAAAGCACUGCUGCUCAGUUAUUGUUGUCACAACUCAUGAAUUCGCAAUCACAAUCUCCAUCACAUGUUACGGUGUCAGCCGAUUGGCUCAGCGCAUUCCUACUUAACAAUCCCAUUCUGCUCCCACUCCUACAUCAUGGAUAUACUGAAAAUGGAGACACAGAGGUGACUACGUCCACUUCCAUCGAUGAGGAAGCAAGCAAGAAUCUUCUCAACAAUAACAAUAUCAAAUUUUCUGAGUUGAACGUGAAAACAGAGAACGAUGUGGUGUUCAGUGCACAGGAGUUAGGUAUUGCGUCUGGUGGACAG